AUGGGGGGAGAUGGCGGCCAGGUUAUCGACCGGGCGACCAUGGUCAAAACUAAGGGAUGGGGUCUGACAAAGGGAAGUGGGGACAGAUAUGCUGCCUCGCUUGGAGAGAUGAACAGCUAUGUCCAGAUGAUCUUUGAGGAUCGCGGGCUGGGUACUCUCGAAAGGCAUCGAGUUCGCAUGAGCACCUGCAUGAUUUCACAAGAGGCUCUUCGUGAUCCGGUUGUGGCAUGCAAGCUCGGCAACCUCUACAACAAGGAGGCCGUGAUUGCAGCCCUACUGAAUCGCAAGAUGCCUGAAGACCUUUCCCACAUUCGGGCCUUGAAGGAUGUCAAGCAGUGCAUGGUCACAUGGGCGGAGGCAGAGAAGGAGGAAGGACAGAAGCGAAUGGUUUGCCCGGUUUCACGGGAGGACCUGGAUUCGGGCAGCAGCCGCGCUGUGCUCAUAUGGCCAAGCGGGGCCGUGAUCUCGGCAAAGAGCUUGAAAGAGAUGAAGAUGAAGGAGUGCCCGUUGACCUCCAAGCCGUUUGACGCGGACAAGGAUGUCAUUCCCUUAGCCCCGGAUGGCGAGGAGCUGAAGAAGCUCCGGGAGCGCUUGCCCACAAAGAAGCGAAAAGCGCAGGCCGUGGCUGCUCCUGCAGAGGCAGAAGAGGCAGCUCCAAGCAUAAGAGCUCCUACAGCAGCUGCUGACGGCUCUGUCCUUUAA